UAAAUAGAGCAGUGCUGGGCGCUCACCUCCACAGCAGCUUCCUUGAUCCCUGCCACACACAACUGAACGCCGACAGCACCUGCCUCACCAUGAAGCUGCUGGUGGUCCUCAUGCUGGCGGCCCUCCCUCUGUGCUGCUACGCAGGUUCUGGCUGCCAACUGCUGGAGGAGGUGGUGGACAAGACCCACGAUCCUGAAGUGUCUGUACCAGAAUACAAGCAAUAUCUACAAGAGUUCAUACACGGUGAUGAGAGUGCAGAGGCUGUAGGGGAAUUCAAACAGUGUUUCCUCAAACAGUCAAAUGAAACUCUGCAAGAUUUUCAAGUGUUGAUGCAAAAAAUAUACGACAGCAUUUACUGUGCACUCUACUAACUUUAUACGGGACCUUUGACUCAGACACAGCUACAACAUGGAAGACGGCCAGAAAACUGCUGCCUACUGCUAGAAACCACAAUUUUUCUUAUUUUCUUUUUCCUUUGGACUUUUUUUUUGUGGAAACUGCAAGGCAAUUGUUGAAACCUCAAAUUCAUUUUCAUUUCAAUAAACUGCAAAUCAUCAA